ACAUGUCAUGCAUGUAGAAGUUAUAGGCUAGUAUCAGUGUGUGCUCCUAGGGAGUACAACCCAAUAGCUAUAUCUGGCUGAGAAAACUCGAGCCCUGAACCCACCCACAUCUCUCACCAUGGCUCGCUCGUCUGCCAACCUGAUUGUGACCAUUCUGAUCGUUUCGUUCGCCUCACAGGCGCUUGCUGGUUUUAUGGGCGGCGCUUCAACCUUUGCUCCCGCGGGCGCAGCCAUCGUCGCCAAGUGGAACAAGGCCAAGCCGGGCUUUUCUCAAGACGUCGUCGCGUACGACUCCGUGGGAUCCGGCACGGGAAUCACGGGCUUCAACAGCGGCACCUACCUCAUUGCCGUCUCCGAUGACCCCAUGACCGCCGCGCAAGAGGGCGCCGGCUUCUCUGCCAGCCCCGGCAAGAUCACCGUGCCGCUGUGCGUCUCCACCUUCGGCUUCUUCUAUAACGGGAAGCCCGGCCUUGUGCUGACGGCGACUCAGUCCUACCAGAUCUACAGCGGCACAAUCGCCACGUGGGCGGGCGUUACUGGCGCUUCAGCCAAGGGCCUUACGGGGGCCAUCACCCGCGUCGCUCGCAGCGACAAGUCCGGAUCGACCGCUAUCGUGAAGACCAUGUGGUCCAAGGCCGGGACGGGGUUCUCCGGCGCGACGGACGGCGUUGCUCUGACUUUCGACGGCCUCUCCAAGGUGGAGGGCACGAGUGCCGUGUGCGCCGCAGUUCUCGCCACCAAGGGCGCUAUCGGGUACGCUUUCACCGGAGGCUGCAGCACGGUUCGCAAACUACAGGCCGGGAAAUCAGCCUGUGUACAGGCUGUGUUCUGGACGUCAGGCUGAAAACGGACUGCAAACCGGGGUCGAUUUCCGUCUGAAAUCAUGGCACUGCCAUGCCUGUUCUUCUCAUGCGUAACAGGCGUAACUGCGCCUGUUUUCAGGGCCGUAUUUCCAGCGGAGUUCAAGCGUAUUACAUCCCGAUUUCGCACUGUUGUCACCCGCACUUUGCGCAUCCAACCACGUGGAAUGGUGGUCAUUAAUUGAAAUAAUGUACAACCAUUUCCUGUACUUUGUUAUAUAACGUCUUACUA